CUCUGCGCCGCACACGCGUUUCUGCAGGGGGGAUUUCGGCCUCGGACCUCAGGCCCCACGUAGUCUCCGGCGGCGACUGCGGCGCAUGGCGGCCCUAGGACAUCCUGCUCGGGAGACAUCAGUGGCCGCAGGCCCAGGGCACUCCACACGCAGUGACGCCGCCGCCCGGGCGCACCCCGAACGUGGUGAAGGCGACGCAGCCUCUAAGAAGCAAAAGAAGAAGAAAACCCGGAACGGAGCCUCUGUGGCGAGUGGAGGCGGGAGGGUCUCAGAAAAGCCCUGCUCAGAGGAAGCGCCCCUAAGCGCGGAGGCUCAGGCAGAGCAGCUGGCCCGGGAACUGGCGUGGUGCGUGGAGCAACUGGAGCUGGGCCUCAAGAUGCAGAGACCCAGUCAGAAACAGAAAGAGCAGGCUCUUGGGGCAAUCCGAACCCUGCGUAGCGAAAGAACCCCUCUGCCCCGGAAGAGGCAGCUGAUGCGCUCCUUGUUUGGGGACUACACUCAGAUGGAAGCCGAGCGGCGAGAGGCCCUUCGGGUUCUCAGGACUGCAGCCCGCACAGCCCAGGUGCGGCCUGUAGCUGAGGCCACCAGAAGGAAGAGCGGAAGGGUCUGCAGGACUCGCCAAGCAGGGGUAGCCAAGGCCACCCUGGACACUCCUGAUGAAGAGUUCAGGUUCAAUUUCUUUUAGCCUGUCUUCCAUCCUGGAACAGUUCCCCUCCCUGGGGAGCAUAGGGGUUUCUGUUGAGUGUAGAGCUUUUCUGGGAAUGCGCUGUUGGACAGAUGUGGUUUUGUCCAUGGUCCGUGGAUCUGGUGCCAUGGCUGCUGGACAGAUGUGAGACCAGCAUAUUGGGCAAAUUUCAGAUAAGCACAAGACCCAUUUGUAGGUUUUCAAAUGAAAUGUGCUUCCUGCCAGGAGAAGGAGCUCCAUUCAGAAAAGCUUCUACAAUAAACUGAAGUGAGUGUUCAGCA